AACAAAAAAAUGCCGCGUAUGUCCAAUAGGAAAAAAUUGAGAACCGACUAGGAAAAGGGGCAUAAGAAAAUUUCAAGAACCAAAACUUCAACAGAGCGACUGAAUCGAGCGGAACCACUCCGGCGACCGAGUAGCAAUUCAGGAAAGAGAAAAUGUCUACACUUGCAGCUGCUAGGGCAGACAACUUUUAUUAUCCCCCAGAAUGGUCGCCAAAGAAGGGUUCCUUGAACAAGUUCAAUGGUCAACAUGCUCUGAGGGAGAGAGCAAGGAAAUUGGAUCAGGGGAUUUUGAUUAUAAGGUUCGAGAUGCCUUAUCAUAUAUGGUGCGGUGGUUGCAAUUCUAUGAUUGCAAAGGGUGUUCGUUUUAAUGCAGAAAAAAAGCAAGUUGGAAAUUACUAUUCUACAAAGAUAUGGAGCUUUACCAUGAAGUCUCCAUGCUGCAAACAAGAGAUUGUUAUUCAGACAGAUCCAAAGAAUUGCAAAUAUGUGAUUAUUAGUGGGGCCACGCAGAAGAAUGAGGAAUUCGACAUUGAGGAUGCGGAAACCUUUGAACUUCCUGCUGAUGAAGAAAGAGGAAAGCUUGCAGAUCCAUUUUAUCGACUUGAACACCAAGAAGAGGAUUUGCAAAAGAAGAAAGAAGCUGAGCCAGUACUUGUUCGCCUACAGCGAAUUUCUGAUGACAGGCAUUUAGAUGACUACUCCCUCAACAAGGCCCUCAGAGCCAAACUUAGAUCUCAAAAGAAAAGAGUUGCGGAAGAAGAGGCUACUUCAAGGAAGAUGGGUCUCGGUAUACGACUGCUUCCAGUGGCAGAGGAGGAUGCUGCUGCUGCGUCACUUGUGAAGUUCGUUUCCAAGUUUGAAAAGAAUCGGAAGAAUAAGCAAGCACUAAUCAACGCUGCUUCAAUUUUUCCUGGCUCAUCUGGGAGUUCUAUGUCGAAUAAGAAGAGUUUGGAACUACAAUCUAAGAGAAGAAGAAUAAGUGCUGGUGCUGCGUCCAACUUACUUACAGGGGGGUUCAAGCCAUCAUCGUGGUCUCAGAAUUCGGUUUCUUCAGGCAAGCAAAAUGGAACGUCAGUCAAAGUGAGACGCUUCUAGUCAUCGAACACCAUAUGUGAUUUCUACUUUUGGUUUGCCUCGUUGAUUAGCCGACCCCACUUAGUGGGAAAAGGCUUUGUUGUUGUUGUUGUUGUUUGCCUCGUUGAUAUGGGCAAUGGAGCAUGUAAAAUAUGAACGCCCUUGUCUUUUCAGAUUCUUUUGUUUUGGUUUUUCUUGUUACCAUGUCCCUGGCCUUCGUUCUUCUCCUCUGUGCAGGAGAUCUGGCUCGGUUUCGAUAGUGUAUGCGUGUAUUUGGUGUUGUAAAUAAUCAUAUUUUAAGUAAUGAAGUGAAACGGCUGCUAGGAUACAUUUUCUCCUACUGACAGUGAUUUGUUAAA